GACCUUACCCAAUUAAGACAUAAAACGGAGCGGAGUUCUGCCUCUAAAAAAAUCUCAACAUCAUGACAAAUAGACGACCUUUCGACAUCAGUUCAUCAACAUUGGUGAAGAUAGUCUUAUCGCUAGUUUUCCUCUGCGCCAGCAUUUUCAAUUGUAUACAAAUGGAAAAUGUGCGGUUCACCACAACAACGACAACAAAACAGCCGUUUGUAAGAUCACCGGGUCUGUCAUUGCCCCGUAAGGACAUGAAUCCGUCCAAGUGUAAAAAAGAAGUACCGGCCAUAUUUUUCCAAUACGAAAAAGAUGUACCCAUCCGAGGCAACAGCAGUACCGGUAAUCCGAAUUACAACGAAAUUGAUGUCUGCUGUCCGGGCUUUAAGCGUUACGACUUCGACUGGAGCAAAUGUGUGCCGGAUUGUGGUAAUAAAUGUUUGAAGAAUGGAUUCUGCUUGGAGGGCGGUGUGUGUCAGUGUUUCGAUGAAUUUGUGCUGAAUCAUCGCAAUGACUGUGUACCCACCUGCCCGCUGGGCUGUCCCAACGGGCGAUGCUACCUGAAUGGAACUUGUGUCUGUAAUUCGGGCUAUGAAUUGGAUCCCACCAAGAAAUAUUGUGUCCCUAUCUGUAAAAUGGGUUGUGGUCGAAAUGAGAUUUGUGUGGAGCCGGAGAGGUGUGAAUGUGCUGAGGGUUAUUCGCGAUCGCCUAAUCACCAAUUGACCAAAAUUGGAUGUCAACCGAUCUGUAUUCCCGACUGUGGAUUUGGUUAUUGUUCGGGACCGAAUAAGUGUGAAUGCUUCCCCGGCUAUGGCAAGAAGACCAAUGGGACGGUGUGUGAAUAUUUGGGAUUUUUACGCUGCGAUAAUGGCUUCCAGGUUCGUGGGCCCCGAUGCAUCUGCCAGGAGGGUUAUCGUUAUGAUGAAAAUACCACCUCAUGCCUCCCCGACUGCGGUGACGACUGUGACAAUGGCGUCUGCAUUUCGCCUGGAAUAUGUCGUUGUUUUAAUGGCUAUCAGAGGAAUGGUCCCAAAUGUGAAGCCAUCUGUGAACAUGGUUGCGGUUAUUAUGGCAAAUGUAUUGCACCCGGCGUCUGUGGCUGUUCCAUAACGGAUGGCCCCUUUAAAACGUAUCAAAAAUGUGAAUUAGGCUAUUGUACGUCGAAGGGUCGUUGCCGUUGUCAGACGGGCACAACGCGUUUCAUCAAUCAGUGUCUGUCGCCAGAUAAGGUCACCACCUAUGCCACGAUGCAUCAUCAGAAAUUGAAUGAAGACUUUGUGGAUGAAUUCAAUCUAUUGAUUGGCAGAUAUUUUAAUUUUACCGAUAAAUUGGGAUAAGUGGAUAAGGGAAAUAGAGAUAAGAGUAAAUAAAAAUAUUGAAAAC